UUUGCGCAACUGUUCAUAGCACUGCUCUUUUUCCAGAUUAACUCCAACAAAUCUCUUGCAGGAUUCAUAAGCAUAGAUUGUGGGAUGCGUGAAGCUUCGAGCUACACUGACACGACAACAGGACUACAUUAUAGUGCAGAUGCAAACAUUGUGGAGACUGGUUUGAGCAUGCCUAUAUCAUCUGAAUUUUUUACUAACUCAGGCGGACAACAGUUUCUGAAUGUUAGAAGCUUUCCUGAAGGAACCAGAAACUGUUAUACACUAAGACCUCAAGGAGGGAGAGGUAAUAAAUAUUUGAUAAGAGCGUGGUUCUUGUAUGGAAAUUAUGAUGAUCAAAAGCAGCCACCAAUUUUCGAUCUGCACAUUGGAGUUAAUUUUUGGAAAACAGUGACAAUCUACUAUUCAACCUCUACUUGGAGGAAGGAGAUCAUACAUGUUCCCACUAAAGAUUAUAUAAAUGUUUGUCUUGUAAACACAGGCCAUGGAACACCUUUCAUCUCAGCAUUGGAGUUAAGGCCUUUGAAUAAUUCUAUGUAUGAAAGAGAAAAUAAUGUACGACUAGAAUUCUGGUUGCGUCAAGAUUUGGGUUCAAUAAGGGAUGACUAUGUCAGUGAAAAUAUCAGAUACAAAGAUGAUGUUUAUGAUAGCGUGUGGAGGCCAUAUAGCCAGAACGCACAAAGUUAA